AUGCCAUCUUUCAAGACCCUCCUCCUCCCUCUCGCCCUCUCCCUCGCGGCAACCACAACGGCAGCCACCUGCUCGGGAGACUGGUUAUCCAACACAUUCGGCGGCGAUCAAAAAUGCUGCUACGGCAACAUGAUGGUCAUUGACAAGGAUGCAUUCUGCUGCGUUUACGAUCUGACUCCCCCCGUGGAAACCAGCAGCACUUCCACAGCAAUUUCAUCAACCGAUGAUUAUGCUGGUUGGUCCACCGCUGGUGAAUGCUUCACAAAGGUUCCUUUCAGCGCGAGCAACUACUCGGAUCUGGUUUCUUCGGCAUCGUCGAAGAUUGCGGCUGCUAGGGCGACGGUUGCCAGUAACACGGCGACGUCCACUAGUGCCAGUGCCAGUUCUAGCUCGGCCUCCUCGGGUACGAGCUCUACCGCUAGUGGUACCGGCUCCAAGACGAGCUCGGGAUCUGCGGCUUCGACUAGUAAUGCGGCCAUGCCGAUUGCCACGGCUCACGAGAUGAUGCUUGGUGGGGCUGCAGUUGUUGUCGGUAUUUUUGUGCUGUGA